CACAGAUCCAAAAAUAAGGCAGUGCAGAAAAGGGUGCAACAUCUAUUAACAAUAUGCUGUCUAGAAAUAUUCUAGUGCUGCUCCUGUCCCUAGCUACUGUUACCAGGAGCGAGCACUAUCACAUUGUGCCAGUGGAUUCAACCGACUUGUGUCAUGAUUAUCGAAAUGGAACUUGUUUCACUCUCGAGCAGCUUGUUCAAACAAACCUUUCAUUUGGUGGAGACAAUCUCACCUUGAGCUUUCUACCUGGAGAUCAUGUGCUAACAGAGCAGUUUCUGAUUCUUAACUUCUCACAUGUGCAUAUUAAUGGCCAGAACACAAGUACAACUGUAAUUGGAUUCCAUAGCAACGGUACGAUACUUUUUGUUAAUAUUACUGAAUUAUAUAUUGAACGCUUGGGUUUCGUUGGAGCAAAGGUUGAACCACAAAACUUACACCAAGGGUUUGAUCAUUGACAGUACCCAUGAUGUCUAUAUCAAUGACUGUUACUUUAUGAACUUUGGAUUACUACAUCCCGCAGAAAGGAAUUUAGUUAAGAUUUCUAAUACUCAAACGACGAUUAUUGAGAGCACUUUCUUUAUGAACAACACUGGUCAGGCACUGCAUGUUGAGGCUGAUGAUGUGUACAUAACAAAUAGCGAGUUUACUGGAAAUGAUGGAGGUGCAGUUGACAUUCAAUCAAACAACUCUCUGAUCACCAGCACAAAGUUCAACUACAACAGUGCUGACAGUGGAGGAGCAGUAGAAGUGGUAUCUGGUACUGUAGUGAUCACUUGGUGUACCUUCACAAAUAACAAAGCCAUUGGGUUAGGAGGAGCGAUUAGAGUGAACUCAGGCAGUAGUGUGUCCAUCUUCAACUGUGAGCUAACAAACAACAGAGCUGCAUUUGGUGGAAUUGGUGGAGCAAUUCAUAUUUCCUCAGGCAGUAGCAUGAAAAUCUCCAACAGUGAGCUGACAAACAACAGAGCUGGCAUUUAUGGUGGAGUGAUUGCUGCUUACGCAAGUAGUGUGUCCAUCUCCAACAGUGAGCUGACAAACAACAGAGCUGAUUAUGGUGGAGCAAUUUAUGGUUAUUUAGGUGGUAGUGUGUCCAUCUCCAACUGUGAGCUUACAAACAAUAGAGCUGUUGAUGGUGGAGCAAUUUUUUUUGAAGGAGGUAGAAGUCUGUCCAUUUCCAACAGUAAACUGACAAACAACAGUGCUGGCUCUGGGGUGAUUAUUGCUUACAGAUCUAGUGGCAAAACUUCCAUCGUUAACAGUACGCUAGUCAGCAACGGUGUUGACCAUGAUGGAGUGAUUUAUGUAACUCAGGGUGCCUUGAUAUUGAAAGACACUAACAUUACUAAUAACAUGGCCAGUUUUAAGGUGGAUGGAGGCAUUGUUUAUGCUUUCAGCAGUCGAGUUGACUUUAAUGGAUCUACAACACUUAGUCACAAUCGUGGUACACUUGGUGGAGCUAUCAGUGCCUUACAGAGUCAAAUAUACAUUAACACAGAAGGAGUGAUCAUCACAAACAACACAGCUACCUACGGAGGAGCGAUAUUUCUGAGAGAGAGUACACUCUUUGUAACUGAAUCACUAAAGAUCUAUCACAACACAGCAUACCAGGAUGGUGGAGGAAUUUAUGCCUAUUCUAGCAGAGUUGAGUUCCAAUCAGUGCAGAUGGUGGAUGCACAUGGUCAGCCACUUCCUCCCAAUAAACCGAGUGAGAUUGCUCACAACAUUGCUAAGAAUAAUGGUGGAGGUAUUUAUGCAGCUGUAUCUUCAACUAUUAAACUAACUCAAUCAUACGUCAACAUUGACUCAAACACCGCAAUUGCUAAUGGAGGUGGAGUGUAUCUACAGCAAAGUUCAAAACUAUACCUAUUUAAAAAUAACCCGAAAUGAAUAGUAUUUUAGUCAAGUUUACUAUUAACAACAACUUGGCUCAGUAUGGAGGGGGGAUAUUUGUGGCAGAUGACACUGAAAAUGGUGCCUGCAGAGGAGGGGCUACAGAAACUGACGAUACUCCAACAAUUUUGGCUGACUGCUUCAUUCAAACCAUUGCACUGUAUUAUUAUUAUGACUGGAUGAUCAACUUAGGUAUUUUUUCAAACUAUGUCAACACAUUCAUGACUAACAACACAGCUACUCAGUCAGGAGCAGACAUCUACGGAGGUCUGUUGGACAGGUGUACAGCAAGUCAAAGUGCUGAAUAUACAUUUUUUCCAGAUAAAUUCCCAUUACACUAUACAUAUGGGAUACUGUAAAAUUCUCCUCCAUCUCCUCUAGGCCUGUUCAAGUAACGUUAUGUAACAAUAUACAAAGUGAUAAUAUUUCUACAAGAAAGGGACAUAUGAUUAAAAUCAGUGUUAAGGCUGUUGACCAAGUUGGAAAUCCAUCGAAUGCCACAAUUCGCAGCUCUGUUAUUACUGAGAGUAGAGUUGGUCGUCUCAAAGAAGGACAGGCUGAACAAAAAAUUGGCAAUCAGUGCACAGAAUUAGAGUACAAUGUAUUCUCACAAGACAGCUCUGCUCAGGUGGAACUCUAUGCCGAGGGUCCAUGCACCAAUUUGGGAAUUUCAAAAAAACUUAUUAGUAUUUCUUUUCAACUCUGCACAUGCCCUAUUGGGCUCAAGCCAAUUCAAUCCGAUAUUGAGUGCAAGUGUGACUGUGAUCCAAACUUGCUACAAUAUCAGAUAACAAACUGUUUUGAGAAAAAUAGAACCAUAAAGCUGGAAAGUAAUAACAAUAUAUGGAUAGAAUUUAUAAAUACCACCAACGAAACAGGAUAUGUUAUUAGUAACUGUACAUUUGACUAUUGUGUAGAAAGGCCCGUCACCAUCAGUCUGAGCGCCCUGACGAACAAUGUGCCUACAAUCGAAGUGGUGUCUUGUGUGGAGAAUGUGAACCAGGACUCAGUCUUGUGUUAGCUACGUCAAGAUGUGCACAAUGCUCUGAUCUUUACAUUUUUCUAUUAAUACCAUUUGCGCUGGCUGGCAUAUUGCUAGUUGCUUUAAUUCUCGUGCUCAAUAUCACUAUAGCAACUGGAAAGAUUUAUGGCCUCAUUUUUUAUGCUAACAUGCUAGCAGCUAAUAGAGCGAUUGUUUUCCCAAAUUUAAGCAACUUUUUAACAGUUUUUGUAUCAUGGGUGAAUCUUGACUUGGGUAUUGAGACAUGCUUUUACAAUGGAAUGAACUCUCAAGCAAAAGUGCUCCUUCAACUUGUCUUUCCAGCCUACAUGUUUCUUCUAAUGUUCUUAAUAAUAAUUUUGAGCAAGUACUGUGACUCAUUUGCAAAGCUCCUCUCCAACAGGAACCCAGUGGCUGCCCUAGGCACACUCGUCCUACUCUCUUAUUCCAAACUCUUACGGUUUAUCAUUGCUGCACUACAAUUCACAAACUUGCAUUAUCCUGAUGAUAGAAAUGGUAUAGUUUGGUUGUUUGACGGCAAUGUGCAAUACUUCACUCUCAAUCACAUCCCUCAGUUUUUUGCUGCUGCCAUAAUUCUCAUUGCCGGUGGAUUGUUCACUGUACUGCUCUUUUUAGGACAAUGGCUUCCGCACUGUUCAAAGGUUAUGAAAUGGACUAGGAACACAAAGUACAUUGGCUUCAUGGAUACAUACUAUGCUCCAUUCACUCCCAAGCAUCGCUACUGGGUGGGACUGCUCCUCUUUGCUCUGAUUCUCCAUAAUCUAGUAACUGCUAUGGCUCCAGGUAAUUUUCUCCCUAUUCUAUCAUCUGGGGUUUUAUCAGUUGGACUGAUUGUCUGGAAACUACUAAAUAAUCGGUUGUAUAAAAACACACUCUGUGGUUCCCUCGAAAGUCUCUAUCUACUCAAUUGCUAUUCUUGCAUUUGGCACUUCUUAUGUCAAAGAUACCAAUAAAGAUCAGUCAGCACUAGCCAAUACGUCGAUGGCCAUAUCAUUCACUCUAUUUGUAACAACACUCUGCUACCAUUUUUACCAAUUCGUACUCAAGAAAAGUAAUACAUGGCUGAAGAUAGAGGACACCAUAAGGAACUUAGGAGCUAGUGCUGCAGACAUGAGACUUCGACGAGCUAACAAUAGCCGGGAAAUGUAUCAGCUGGUAGCUGAUGAAAAUGAUGACGAGGAAUUACUCGAAGUAGUAGACGACUAUGAACAAAGAGACCCAGUGGACCCACCUUGCACUGAUGGAACCAUGGAAGAAGCUGAUCCUGAUCGUUACAUCACUCCUCCCAUCAUCAGACCAGCCACGAGACCGGACCAGCUGAGAGAGCCUGCCCUGGAUGAGCUAGCCCCCCUCACCACAAAGGACUACAAACCAGCCCCUCCCCCUACAAGGGUUAACCAUCGUCCUGUGGUUACACACACAGAAAUCGACCCCAUACGCAAUGAAUUAUUUAGCUAAGGUAUAAUUAUAAUUAUAUAUUAUAUAUCUACCCAUAAACAAUAGAUUCGUACACGUAUACUGUAGGUUGCCUUAAUUCCUUGUUUGUUGUCAAAUAUACCGCAAAAAUACAGCUGUUAUUAUAG